AUGUUCCAGUUUAGUUUGUUUUUGAGAAUUUUGUGUCUCAGUUUGGUGCAAGGUCAGGUUUUUUUGCCAGAUAUGGAAAUAGUAACGAGUUCUGUUUCAAAUUGUCAAGAAAUUGUUGCAAGCAAUAACGAUAACACAGCUCUGGAUUUAUCUCAAGCGGGAAUAGUGCGUUUGAGAAAAAGUUUUAUCAACAGUUCUAGUAUAACUCACAUCUAUUUGAAUGACAAUAACAUUUGGAAGGUAGAAGACGGUGCUUUUGACGGGUUACCAAAUUUAGUGCACGUAGAUUUGACCGGUAAUUUAAUUAAUUUCAGUGAGUUGAUUUUCGGCGAUAAAAUUGAAACGCUUAUUUUGGACCAAGCAAUCAGAAAUGACGAGCAUAGUUUUUCCAUUUUUGAUUUCAAUUAUGAAAGCUGUCAAGCUAGUGGUUUCAGAAAACGAAGUUCGAGUAGUUCCAAUGUUAUUGAGCUUACAAGUGACUCGAAAUUUGAAAAUUUGAAAGAGUUGCACUUGAGAAAAAACAACAUCGAAUCGAUAGUGCUAAAAAAUGUCGAUUAUUUGGGUAAAAUAAUGCCGAAAAUUAUCCGUCUCUAUUUGGAUGACAACAAACUUACGUCGCUAGAUUUUGCAAAACCUUUUACGCCAUCUUUGACACAUUUAUACUUGAAUAACAACAAAAUGUCAGAGUUCAAAAGCAGUUCUUUGUUCAACUUACGAUUUCUGACCGUAGAUGGGAAUAACAUUAAGAAUUUGUGCGGUGGCUAUCAAUACUGUGUAGGAAUGUCAUUGCAAGGUGCAGAGAAUUUGGAAUUUUUUUCGAUUUCAAACAACGGGCUUGAAGAAAUUGAAGCGGAUGCGUUCAAGGAUUUGAAUAGUUUGAAGCAUUUGAAUCUAUCUUACAACUACAUUAUCAAAAUUGUGAAGCACGCUUUUGAUGAUUUGGAGGCUUUGAUUCAACUAAAUCUCGAUCACAACAAACUGAUGAAUUUUCCCGAUAUUUGCGGGCUUAAAAAUUUGGAAAUUCUGUCUCUGCAGUCCAACAAAAUCAAGGCAAUAGGAAAAAUUAGCUUUUGCGGGCUUUCAAAUAUUACCAAACUCAAUCUGAGUAAUAAUUUGAUCAGUGAAUUAGAUGCAGAAGCAUUCAACAGUUUACUUGCUCUGAAAGUAUUGGAUCUUUCAGGAAACAUGCUUGAAGCUCUACCCGAUGAUUGGAUUUCUCCGGAAUUGAAUCUACAGUACUUGUAUUUGAACGAUAAUUUUUUUAAAAGUGUCGCGAGUUUGUCGCUAUCUAAAAACACAGUUCUUGAGUAUUUGUUCAUCAGCGGGAAUCCCUUCAAGUCGAUAAAUCUCAAAGAUUUUCCGGGAAAUACUAUAAAUGUUAAUUUAAUGGGCAAUGAUAUCCUUGAAAUUGAGAGUAAAGCAUUCAAAGGGCUGCCGCAUUUGGUUUAUUUGAAUUUGUCGCACAACAAAAUUCCGUUUGGAAAAUUCGAUUUUGCUUAUCAAUCAGCUCUGGAAACUUUGGUCUUGGACCAUGGAUUCGCGUAUUCUAACUGGGAGAACGACAACAAAAUCCAGCUUAGCAAGUCGACAAUAUUCCCAAAAUUGAAGAAUUUAUAUUUGUGCGGAAAUCAUAUUAUUAACUUUAUACUAUUGAGUGACGUGGUGGCAUUAAGUGAAGUUAUGCCGAACAUUGCGCAUCUUUAUCUCAGCGAAAAUUCACUCAGCUCAUUGAAUUUCUUGGAUAAAAUUCCGCAGACUUUGACACAUUUGUAUUUAGAAAAUAACAAAAUUUCACACUUUGAAAGUUCCAACAAAAACAACAUCAAAGUUCUGUCGAUUGACAAAAAUGGUUUCAAACAAUUAUCCGAUACAAAGGUGACUAACGGAGGACUGUGUUUAAAAAAUUUCGUUAAAUUAGAAGAAUUGUCUGUUUCCAAUUCGGACAUUUCCACGAUUUCACUUCACGCUUUUGACGAUUCACAAAAUCUGCAGUACCUUAAUUUGAGUUACAAUAAAUUCUCAGAUUUUUUGAACAAUCCGUUUAACAGUUUGAAGAAUUUGACGACUUUGGACCUGGACCAUAACCUGUUGAGAGUUGUACCUAACAUUUGCGCUCUCAAAAAAUUGCAAGUUCUAUCUCUUUCUUCUAACAAAAUAUCUUUUUUAAGCUCGAGCAGCUUCUGCGGAUUACCUAAUUUGAAAAAACUAACCCUCAGUAACAACGGCUUGAGAACAAUUGGCUCUGACACAUUCAACAAUAUGUUCGCUUUGGAGAAAUUGGACCUUUCGAAGAAUAUGCUUACGGCUUUGCCUCAAAACUGGAUCCCGGCUAAAAUGAAUUUACAGUAUUUGUACGUCAAUGAUAACAAGUUUGUUCAGUUUUCGAAUUUAUCGUUAGACUCAGCGAAGAAUUUGAACUCGCUAAUAACACACCUCUAUUUGACGGACAACAACAUUUGGAAAAUAGACGAGGGAGCCUUUGAUUACCUGCCGAACUUAGUUUACCUCAAUUUAACCGGGAAUUUAUUUCCUCUGGAGGAAUUGAAUUUCGGUGGGGAGUCCUCCAUUGAAACGUUGAUUUUGGACCGCGCUAUAAAUCAGCACAAUAAUUUGGAGUACUACGGCUCGAAUGAUGAUUGCAGCAGAGUCAGAAAUUACAGAGACCAGAGUCUUAAUGUCCAGAACCUUUUCACGCUGUCAAUUUCAGUGAAGCUGCCCAAAUUAAAAAAACUCUACCUCCGUCAAAAUAAUAUCCAGUCGAUCGAUUUAGGAAUGGGCCCACCGCUCACCGAAAUCAUGCCGAAUGUUACUCACAUUUACCUCUCCGAAAACAGCAUCGAUUCGAUCCGUUUCAUCGACUAUCUUCCGGCAACGCUCACUCAUCUAUUCUUAGACUACAAUUUAGCAACAAAUUUUGAGGUGGAAUCCCUGAAAAAUUUGAAAACUUUGACGCUAGAUGGAAAUCAAAUCGGAAGAUUGUGCAACAGUUACGAAUAUUGUCUAGGAUUGACACUCAAAACUGCCGUGAAUUUGGAAAAUCUCUCAGUUUCAAAAAGCGGUCUUCAAGAAAUCGAAUCAGAUGCUUUUGACAACUUGCAAAAUUUGAAAAAGCUUGAUGUUUCUGGAAACCAGCUUCACAAAAUAGUGAAACAUACAUUCGAUAACUUGACAAAUUUAACGACACUCAAGCUGGAUGAUAAUCAGCUUGUAACUCUGCCAGAUAUUUGCAGCCUGGAAAAUUUGGAACAUCUCUCGGUGGCGAAUAAUAAAAUCCGGGCGAUCAGUAAAUCGACUUUUUGUGGCCUGUCAAAGUUGAAGGUGCUAAAUUUGAGUGGAAAUGCUCUCCAGGAGAUUUCGGUUGGGGCGUUUGAUGAGUUGGUGGCUUUGGAAGAGCUGGAUCUUUCCAAAAAUGCAUUUGUUUCUUUGCCGGAUGAGUGGCUGUCCCCGGAGCUGAGUCUAAGGAGGUUACAUUUGAAUAACAAUAUGUUCAAGAAUCUGGCAAGCUUGUCUUUGAGCAAAAGCAAGAAUCUGCAGUACAUCAAUAUUGGUGAUAAUCCGCUGACUUUGAUAGAUAUCAAAAUUUUGACGACUUUGCCGGAAAAUACGACCGCCAAUAUUGUAACGGCGAAGGAAGCAGAGACAAUAAACGAGUAUUUUUAA